CUUACGUUGGAUUACAGUUGCGUCCCUUGCUUAACGUCGCUCUGUUUAAACAUGGCGACUUCUGCUACGGCUGAUCAAGCUCAAGCGAUUAUUGACGACAAGUCAUUGGUGGAAGAGGAACUCUGGGAGGAACUGGAGAAAGGGGACAUUCCAGCACAUAUUCGAGAAUCAAGGCUUGAAGAACUAAAACUCCAAUCAGAACAGUUCCAUAAUAUGAAAGAAAGAGAUCAUGGAGAAUACACUUUGCUUCAGGAUGAAAAAAAGUUUCUAGAACAGACAACAACUGAACAAAAAUGUGUAGUUCAUUUCUUUCAUUCAGACUUCAGAAGAUGUGCCAUUGUUGAUUCACAUCUUGAGAAACUGGCAAAAAAGUACUUUGAAACCAAAUUUUCUCGCAUCAAUGUUGAGGUUGCUAAAUUCCUGGUCAACAAGUUGAAGAUCCAGGUCUUGCCUGCAAUCAUUUGCUUUAACAAGGGCAUUGUUGUUGAUAGAAUUAUAGGAUUUGAAGAUUUUGGUAAUUCAGAUGACUUCAGAACAGAGGUACUGGAAAGAAGACUUGCAGAAUCAAAUACCAUAAAGCUUCCAGGAGAUAAAGAUCAUAGGAAGACAACUGUACUAGGAGCACAAAGACACAGCAAAAAAGAUGACAGUAGCAGUGAUGAUGAUGAGUGAUUGUGUUGAAACUGAUUUGAUCAAUUGGCACCAGUGCUUUUUGAAUAAAAUUUCAGAAACAGA